AUGACAUCUUCCAAGGAAAUUUUGGGCAGGUACAUUACUGUUGGGGUUCAAGAAGAGAUACUUCUCGGUCUUAUUGAAGAUGCGGACUAUGAUGGGGUUGCUUCCAUAAUUGGUACUAUUAAAUUAGCAGAUGGUGUAGCAGAAAAUGUUGGGAAGAAAAUGUGUGAGAAGCUAGAGGAGAGUUUGCUCAGCUUUGUGAGUGUUGAUGACGAUGCUGACAGACAAGAAGAUGAGGUUAAGCAGUUGUGGAAGUUGUUGGGUGUUUGUGUGCAAUUGCAGGGGAGUAGGGACUUUGUAAUUGAGUAUUUGAGUGGGAUUUUGCUUGCGUUUAUUGAUUCGGGGAAGAACCAUUUGUUUUAUGGUGGUUCAAGUGCUGAUUUAGCCGCUACUAGAGCUUGUGCGAUGGAGCGUAAGUCAAAUAUCGAUGUGAACAAGAGUCUUGACGGGACUAAGAUUCUGGAGGUGAUAGAAAACUUGGUGUUGCAAAUGGGGACCCAAGAUGAGGUGGAACAUACUAUUGGUAGUGAUAGCAGUAUUGGUAAUCUUCUUUUCUUGCUCUCUGUGUGUAAAGAAGAACAACUUGCCAAUAAGGCGACGUCUUUGUUUAAAUGGUGGGUUCCUGCUUUUUCGAACACUUGUCAGAGAGAUUCGCAAUUUGAUAACGACGUGUGGGGUCUUGUUGAAAGUACUCUACAGGAUUCUAAUAUGACAAGUUCCGCUGCUACUGUCAGAAACGUCUUCGUAUUUUGGUUGAGAAUGUUACUGGAAAAUGGGUUUUCGGAUGCAAGCCGCGCUUUUGUGCAGAAGAACGAGUACUGGCGUAUUAUCCAGUAUGGGCUAGGGCACGAAGUACAUGAAAUCAAGAAGGUGGUACUUUCUAUUAUGAGGCUCUCUUUGAAACUUAUCAGACAGGAAUCCAUGUCUGUUGAUUGUAGCCUGCUUGUUUUCAGCGGUGAGGAAACACAAAUGAACUCAUGGAAACGCUUCACAACAAUUUACGAAAUUGUAGGUAUCGAUACAGCAUUGAAUCAAUGUGAGGCUGCUGCGCCUGAUAUUCUUGAUACUUUUCAAGACGAGAAUAUUCAUGCUAGCUGGGGAUUAAUCAUCUUAUCUACAGGACUAAGAGCAACAAUGGAGUCAGUGAGAAAAUUUACUCUAAGACUAAUGCUACAAAUCGAGAACAAAAAUGUAUUCCAGAGUAAUUUGUCACUUUUACAAACGGUCUUCUUACCAGCGACUAUGCAAGCAUCGUUUUUCAAUGUUUCUGGCGAUCGCUGUAAUUAUGCAGACGCUUUGGUCGAAUUUGUUAGUGAGAUUGUCCAAACCUCAGUGGACAAAGAAGCUAUUUCCCAGCUUAUCUUGCAAACGCUAUAUGAUUGCAGGACAAUGUUCGAUGCUGCAAGGGUUUUCAUUGCUUAUGGGCUCUUGUCGGGACUACAAAAGAACAAGUCGAGGAUUCUCACUAGCGAAAGCGUCUCUAUGAUUAAACUGCUUUUCAUGGGUGAAUGUGAAGAGAGUGUUUUACAAACAACUAUGCAGUGUACCCUUCUUAAACUCCUAUUAUACACUAACAUAUCGGCAUUUGAAUUUCUACAAGUACUAGUGGCACAUGUAAAGUCCGUUGACACUUACGAAUAUGCAACUAGCGUUAUUGGUAUAUUCAGAGAUUUUUGCAUUGUUAAUUAUCCACAAGGUUUAGAAGUGCAUGAAGUACCGCAAGAGCCAUUAUACCAAGUGUUCGCGUAUGAACUUUUUGAUACACAACCACUAGAGUUUUCGAAUGAAUUCUUAAAGGAACUUAUCAAAUCAGGAAGCAAUUGUUCUAAUCUAUCUGAGAAAUAUCACAGCUUUUUGACAGAACUGGUUGAUAUGAAGACAGUUGAUUAUAAGGAUUCUAAAGUUGUGCUAGAUUUGGAGCAGUUUACUCCUCCUGUCUAUAGUGCUAUCAAUCCGUUGCCCCUGUUGCAGGCACUUUUGGACCAGUUCGACGCUGCCAAGUUUGACUUUUUCGUGGCUUUGUUCAGUAAGGUUAUGCAAAGCACUUCAACCUUGACUUUAUCAUUUGAUCAGCUUAUUGCUAUAUACGACGUCAUCAAACAGCAUGUUUCAAGUCAUAACCAAUCGUCGUUUAGGUACAAGGACGAAAUUUACGCAAACUUUUUCAAAUUGGCGGGCGUAUGUAUCAAAUCUACCCAUUUGGAUGAUAACCAAAUUGAGGAAUUGAUCACUCUUAUUAUCAAGAAUGUUGAUAAUGACAACGGUAACUAUGCUGGAAACCUUGAAGUGUCUUAUUUAUGCCAAUCCAUUUUGGAUCUCUACGUUUUACCUACCUUGCACACUUUAAGUGGAAAGGAAGAACGUAUUGUCGAAAGAAUAUUGGGAUUACAAUGUAGUAUGUGGGACUCACUAAUAGAAGAAAGACUUGUUCUUAAUCAACAACCUCUUCACCUUGCCAUCAUAAAAGGUAUUUUCCACCAUGCUGUAUUUUUGGCAGCUCUUUCCGACGAAUUCACUUUCUCACUUUUAUUAAAAUAUGGAAAUGCUAUAUUGGAUCAAUCAUUCUCAAGAAGAACAUUGAAGCCUUGUCUCAGUCAUCAAAUUGUUUCAUUUAUGGAAUUGUAUGGUAAAUCUUUACCUGAUAGAGACUAUUCUGAUUUCGUAACCUUGUUAGUGAAUAUUUUCAUCCAUGAAAGUAUGAAUUUAAACAUCUUCACAUUGAAACCAGUCAUUGCUAAGCUAUAUGAUAAAAAACUUCGUCUUUACGUCCAAGGUGGUUUAUACAAGCAUAUAUACGGGGAUGAUGAAAUUGUGACAAGGGCCAACAUUGUUAAAUCCCUACUUCUUUCUACCAAAGAGUUUAAGCAACAUUUCCUAAUGUCAAUGUUAGAGAACGAUCGUAACAUAUUAAAAGCGAAGAAAAAGACAGACGGCCCAGAAGAAAUUCAAAGAUUAUUAAAAUGGCAACUCUGUCUACUCUCGAUCAAAUCUGUUAAUAAUAAGACACUAACAGAACUCUGUGCCGAAUAUAUUAUACCCUCUUUAGUUGGAGAAUCUUCUCCAUUAGUGAGGGUAUAUUCUGAAUGGUUUGUUGCAUACAACAUUUGGCAAUCACACGAAGAAGGUACUGAAAAUCCGAACGAGGAGACAUUGUUGGGGCUAUUGGAAGAUUCCUCUCGUCCUGCUGUUCAAACCAGUAUCGAGCGUCUAUUAUUCUUGGCUGUCAAGGCCUCUAAAGAGUCUGGCAAAUUUACCUCCUUAACAGAAAAGUUCCUGGCACAGUUGGUCACAAAUUGUUCGUCUAACAAACCUUUGAUAAGACAUUUUUCAAAUUCGUUGAUGCUUUUGUUCUGGCCAACUUUCCAAGAUGAUAUCAAAGACGAUACAUUGAAAUCCGUCAUCUUCAAACUUUACAGUGACGCGAAGAAGAUCCAAGUGCAAGGUCAAUUCAGAGCAGGUGAUGCAAACACAUGGAGUAUACUUGAUGAUUUGAAAUUGACUAGUAUUUUUGGUGGUGUUUUGUUGAAGAUUAUGGACCACGAUGUACCAUAUAUUCCAAGCAAAGUCUUCAAUCAAGUGAAUAUCCAAGAGGACGAAUAUCCGGUAGGUUCCGAAGAGAAUCAACUCUGGCUCUCAAAGAGGAAUAAUAAUGUUGCAAGCAAAACCGAAUUGCAGAAGAAUUCACCCUUACAAACUAAGAGCGGUGCAUGGGAAGUAGUCUUAGACUUUGACAACGAGAAAUCGGCAGAAAACGUCAAACGUUCAGAGCUAAUUGUCAUUGCUUCUUUGGUAGACAAAGCUCCUAAUCUCGGCGGUAUUUGUAGACUAUGUGAUGUAUUAGGUGUCGGUACUAUGACAGUUCAUGAUAUCAGAGUUAAGCAACAUCCUCAAUUCAAAAACGUCGCUGUAACAGCUGAUAAUUGGAUGCCUAUCGAAGAAGUCCCAGUUGAUCAAAUUGUAACAUACAUGAAUACUAAGAAGCUCGAAGGGUACACUUUGAUUGGGUUAGAACAAACUGACUCUUCCAUUGAACUAAAUUCAGAAUACAGAUUCCCAUCCAAAUCGGUCAUUCUCUUAGGUACCGAAGCUCAUGGUAUUCCCGGUCAUCUAUUAAAAGAGCUAGACUUGUGUCUAGAAAUUAAACAGUCUGGUGUGAUUAGGUCUAUGAAUAUUCAAACUGCUACAGCAGUUAUUGUCCAUUCAUACUCUAUUCAGCAUUUAUAA